AGCGUCCUGGUCUGGCAGUACUGCUGUUAGUUGCAUAACAUGAAGUUCGGCACCGUGCAUAGUCCCACUUUAAUUCUACUUUUUGUAAUCUCUUUCAGCUUUGUAAAAUCGCAAUUAUUAGAUGUGGGUCUCUGCAUCUCUUCCACGGCUUCUUGCAUGGCCCUCAGCGAUUGUCGCCUCGUUGCGGAGCUAAUGGAUCGGCAAUGUCUAGCACCUGGAAGACUUCGUGACAUGACGUGUGGUUAUUCGAAUGCAACUCGACAACCUCUUGUCUGUUGUCCCAGUAAGGACACUGGAUUAUCGCAACCAGGGUCAAUUCCUGACUACACCACAACUGGGGGUGACGACGAUGGUAACGACCCUUCGACAAGCGACAUUCAACUAUCCAAUGGAAGCUCAGAGACGGACGGUGGGUCCACGAGCAGUAGCAGCGGCGGUGGUUUGCCAAUUUUCAAUGUUUGCGGGCUGCCGCAGCUCAUUGCGGGGACCCCAUCAAGGAUACCCCUCCAGGCAGGACCAACAAGACUCGGUGCCCACCCAUGGGUCGUUCGACUUGGUCACAGAAAUUUGAAUAGUGGAGUGACUGAAUUUUACGGUGCUGGAGUGCUCAUUACAGAGAAACACGUUCUCACUGCGGCGCAUUGUCUGAAUAUGAAAGGAAGCAAUUACCGGCUGGUGACGGUGCGUGUGGGCGAAUAUGACACAAGCUCCAACCCUGAUUGUUCACAGUCACUGUGUGCGAUACCGGCCAAGGACAUCCCAAUUUUGAAAACUGCAGUUCAUCCUAAUUAUGAUGAAUCAUCUUCUUAUAAUCAUGAUAUUAUGAUCAUCACGCUCCAGUCGUCAGUAAAUUUUACAAUAAAUGUGCAACCAGUCUGUGUAUUGACCAGAACUUCUGCAAACUUAGUCGGUCGGAGGGCUCUUGUCGUUGGCUAUGGCAGAUUGGCAAAUGCGCAAAAAGUUCAUGCGUUGCAGCAGGCUCUGGAAGUGCCUAUUGUGCCAACUUCUACUUGUCAGAGAUUUUACACAAAAUAUGGUUUCCUGGACAAUCGCCUAUGCGCUGGUGGUGAACCAGGCCGAGACAUGUGUCAAGGAUUUAGCGGGGCACCUCUCUUUGUGAGAGCUGGAGGUGUCGGAGCAUAUUUUGUUGCUGGCAUUAGAUCUUUUGGCUCGGACCAGUGUGGCAUUGCUGGGUCUGCAAACGUUUACACCCAAGUUUCUCGCUACACAGCCUUCAUCAGGAAUCAGCUGAACUAAAAAUUUAAUAUUUUGUAAUUGACAUAUUAAUAAAAAUGAAUAAAACCAAUAUUGGACUCUUUCAGG